UUUGUCCCUGGAAUCAAAGUCAGUGAAAGAAACACACCCUGGCCUUCCGGUUGCAGGGACGUUCAGACUGGACAGAGCGGCCGCGGCCUCUGAAGAGAAGAAUUACUACACUUAUGGCUGGCAUUUUGCGCUCAGUAUUUCAGAGGCCUCCAGGCAGACUGCAGACAGUGAAUAAAGGUGUGGAAUCUCUCAUUGGUACAGAUUGGAUUCGUCACAAAUUUACCAGAUCAAGAAUUCCAGAUAAAGUUUUUCAGCCAAGACCUGAAAAUCAUGAAAAAUAUGGUGGGGACCCCCAGCACCCUCAUAAACUGCACAUUGUUACAAGAAUAAAAAGUACAAAAAGGCACCCAUACUGGGAAAAAGAUACAAUCAAGAUGCUUGGACUUCAGAAGGCACACAGCCCUCAAAUUCACAAGAACAUCCCUUCAGUGAACGCAAAGUUGAAAGUGGUCAAACACUUGAUACGCAUCCAGCCCCUGAAGCUGCCACAAGGACUUCCCACAGAAGAGACCAUGUCUAGCACGUGCCUCAAGAGCACUGGGGAAUUGGUAGUACAGUGGCAUCUGAAGCCUGUGGAGCAGGAAGCAAAGUCUGAUGCCACACAGCUGCAGGUUACAAAUCGCAGUUGCUGAGGAACUCAUUAAAGUGUAUUUCAAUCCA